CGUUCCUCCCCUGAGGAGAGAUAUAACCAUAAAUUACUCCGCAGAGUACUUACUCGAUCCGAGUACUCCGUUGCCCGUCCAUUCGUGUCGCAUUUGAGUUACCUCUGCCUUUUCCCUUGACUCUCCUUGAACAUAUCUUUUUCAUCAUGGCCACCGAAGCAGCCAGUGUGUAUCCUGCCCUGCAGGACCGUCCCUUGAAGGGCACAAUUUGUCUCUUUGAUGUCGACAAGACAUUGACGCCUGCUAGAGGAACCGUCACAGCGGAGAUGCUCUCGAUCCUCUCCCAGCUUCGUCACAAGUGCGCCAUUGGAUUUGUUGGCGGUUCGAAUCUUCCCAAGCAGCAAGAACAACUCGGAACUUCUUCGAUCAACGUCACCUCCCUCUUCGAUUUCUGCUUUGCUGAAAACGGCCUGAUCGCUUUCCGCUUGGGCGAGCCUCUGGUUAGCAACAGUUUCAUUCAAUGGUUGGGAGAGGAGAAAUACCAGAAGCUGGUUAAUUUUACCCUCAAAUACAUGGGAAACCUGGAGCUCCCUAAGAAGCGCGGUACCUUCAUCGAGUUCCGUAAUGGCAUGAUCAACAUCAGUCCCAUUGGGAGAAACGCCAGCGGCGACGAAAGAAGGGAGUUUGAAGCAUAUGACAAGGUGCACAACAUCCGAAGGGACCUUGUGGAUGCGCUCAAGAAAGAGUUCCCCGACUAUGGUCUUAGCUACUCUAUUGGCGGUGAGAUCUCGUUCGAUGUCUUUCCAACAGGCUGGGACAAGACCUACUGCUUGCAGCAUGUCGAGGCUGAAAAGGAGAUCACGGGUAUUGACUACAAGACGAUCCAUUUUUUUGGAGAUAAGACGUUCCCUGGAGGCAACGACUAUGAGAUUUACGUCGAUCCUAGGACGAUUGGUCACUCGGUCGAGGACCCCGAUGACACCAUCAAACAGCUGAAGGAGCUUUUCAAGCUAUAGAAAAUCACAAUCUUAAAGCCUCUCAACCCACCUUAUUUGCUUUUUCUGGGAAAAUUCGUCCGGACUGGGUAGUCAAUUAUCCACGCUCCAUGCUACUAACAACUUGCCCUGAGGAUGGGCAUUUUCUAGAGACCAAACGGCAAACAACAUUUUGCAUAUUUCUGUUGAUCUCCGGCAUGGGGUAUAUUUUUGUCCUCAUGUUUAUCUAAUUCCACGGUAUCAUUUUUGGCCAUAAAAAUACGGUUUUAUUUUCUUGACUUAGAAUGGAG